UUCCCUUGUGGUUCCCGGCAGGCACCUGUCUCACAGCUCAUCGCAAAACUGCCUGCGAUCACCGACACAUGUAAUGGUGACAUUAUCAUGACAUAUAUCUUUAGCUUUAUAGCAGUGAUGCUCCACUAUAAAUUCCCAGCACCUGAAGGCUGCUUUGCACAAACUCAGAAUCAAAACACAUAGAGAAGAGAAAAAAAUGGCGAGGUUGUCUCUAGGUGUGAUGCUCCUUCUGUGUCUAGUGGCCUCUGCCGCUGCACAAGCACAGUGUGGCAGGCAAGCCGGCAACAGGAAGUGUCCUGGCAGGAUGUGCUGUAGCCGAUGGGGCUACUGUGGAACAACUGCUGAGUACUGUGGCGCUGGAUGUCAAAGCAACUGCAGACCGAGCAGCGAUGAUCUUAGUGAGAGUAUUAGUGCAUCUAAUGUGAAAGCCACUUCUCGUUCCUACAAUUCUGAACAGAAUGCAUGGAACUUGAAUGCUGCAAAUGCCUUCUGCUCAACCUGGGAUAGCGAUAAGCCACUGGAAUGGCGGAGUAAACACGCAUGGACUGCCUUCGGUGGACCAGUUGGUCCUCAAGGGAAAGAUGCUUGCGGCCAGUGCUUAAAGGUGACAAAUGCUGAAACUGGAGCUCAAGCAACAGUGAGAAUUGUUGAUAAGUGCAGCAAUGGAGGCCUCGACAUGGACGCUGCCGCUUUCAAGCAACUUGAUACUAACGGAAAAGGCAACGCUCAAGGCUUCCUUAUGGUGAACUACGAGUUUGUAAACUGUACUGCUCACUGAAGAAGAUGAUCACCACAUCAAUGAGUCCCUCAUCAUCUUCUGCUAAAUAAAGAUGAAGGGAAUCUUUCUGCUUGUAUGAAAUUUCAGCAUGUAGUGAAUAUAAAGUGGUUUAGUA